GAAAGUGAAAGUGGAAAACGACAUGUGAAUCAGAGUUUUAGCAUGUAUUAUGGAAUUGCUUGAAAUUUGCAACGUUUUAUUUUUUUCAUCGAUGCUUUUGUUUUGGAGGGGAAAUGGACAUUGCGGCGUUCAUCAGAAACUUGACAUUGUGGUAGUAUACGAUGAAUCAUCUAGUUCCGGAAGUGUGGGGUUUAAUCACCAACGACGAUUCAUCGUCUCGCUUGCAAAUGCCCUUCAUUUAAGUUCAUCUGACACCAAUCUUGCUGGGGUCGGUGUGGAUAGCAAACCCCAGUAUGGUUGGGGGCUUAGGGACUAUUUCACGUCCUCCGAUAUCAGUGCAAAAAUGCAGACUAUCGUUCCACAGGGUGGAGGGUCAGACAUGGCGCCGGGGUGGGAUAUGGCGUGGUACUCAAUUUUAUCCAAUAACUCUAGGCCAGGAUCGGAACGCUGGAUAUUGGUUCUAACGGACACAACCUAUGCCAGCUCUACUUCCGGACUUUUUGCCGCUAAAGCAGCUGGUGUUAAAGUGGGUGUUGUUGCCAGCAGAUCCGCCAGUAAUUACGUGACAUAUGCUUCAGAUCCCAGAUACAUCAUCGGGGGAGUUCAUUGGUCUUUAAUCAACAGUUACGUCAGCAAUGCCGUUCUAUUCUUCUGUCCGUCGUAUUGUGGACAUUUUCAGUUUUUCUACGAUAUUCCGAAUAGUAUGUCUAUUGUGGCAGACACACAUUCAAAUGUUGGGUACUACCUACACACGUCUGACUUGGCGUACAAUAUUCACUGUUGUGGAGCCGUGGCUAAGUUGGAAUUUAAAGCAGCAACAGCCGGCAUGUUUAAGUUUCAGAUAUGGAGAAAGUACAUUUUAUUGUCAGAAACCGAAAUAUCAGCAUCGCCCGGAUACCAAGUUUACAACUUAUCACCAAAACUCUUUGUAAAUGCUGAGGAUGUAUUUGGUUGGUAUGCCCAAGAACGCAAUCCUAUAGGGGUAUCGGUGAAUUGUUCAGGAGACUUAUGCAACAACAACAUUAGACGAGCCAUUAACAUGGGCUCCAUCCCUAUUGGGUCCAGUUAUGUGUGGAGUCGUAAUUCACCUCUGCCUCAAACAGCAUUUGCCAUAAAGAUCACCGUGACAAACAGUACGGUUCCUACUUUUAUCCAAUCAUCGCCAGUCUACAUACUAGAGACUCUCAAUGUCGGGUCUAGCGUGAUGGAGUUUUCCUUUACUGAUGACAUUGGUGACGUCAUCACCUAUACUGUAUCAGAAAACUCGUAUUUUAACUACAACAUUUCAUCAGGACUGAUCACCCUAGGUGCGAAGUUACCCGUCAUGAAAACUGAAACCAACUACACCUUUCAAAUUGAUGGAAUAGAUUCAUGUUUCAAUAAAGCUACAGCUGUUAUCAACAUAACCUCAUAUGGAUUGCCUCCAUCUUUCCAAGAUCUUCCCACAAUAAUAGAGAUAAGCCCAGAGACUAGAGCGGACACACCUUUUCUGAUUUUUAACGUCACGGACAUCUACGCAACAUCAAUCAACUGUACCAUCAAAUCAAGUACUCCAGACACCAACAUGUUCCAACUCCAGAAUUAUCAAAACGAGUCAGCUGGUCUUUACCUAAAGCAGAACAUCUCAUCUCAUGAUCAUAUCGAUAAAGAAUACACCCUAAGCAUUUCCUGCAACGGGUCUUCAAUUCUUAGAACAAAUGUGACUGUAAAGGUUCUUUCUUCAUCUGUGGAAGGCGCGGUGCAAUCCUUAAAAAUUGAAUUGGUGAUGGCGGUUAUUGUUGCUGUUCUGUUCCUGGUGGCUUCUGGCAUAGUCGUCUGCUACUGCACAAGAAAAAGGCGAAAUCAGGAACAAGUAACUCUAUCCCAUAUAUCAUUGCGAAAUCCUUUAGAGGAAACUACAUCGAUGAUUAAUGAAAACGGCAGGGACUGAAUCAAAUGAUACACAUACGAGUAUUGAUAUCGCUUUUGAUAUUAGAUGCCUGUUUAUCAGAAACAUAAAGCGAUAAUGAUGUUGAAAAUAACCAAUAACUGAAAUGUAUUUUCCUUAUCUCGCAUUUGUUUAUCAUACAUGUAGAUUUUUUCACAACUCGCUAUUAAAUCAUGUAACUAUGAAUAAAAUAGUUGUAAAUCAAGAUAGAUAAAUGUACAUUAUUUGUUGAUGAUUUUUAGAUAACACUGACUUUAUCUAUGUUCCAUUGUGUAUAGAUGCUUAUGUUGGUUGUAGAUUUGUUUCUUUUAUAGAAUUUUUAAAAGAAUAUAAUUGUACGUAUAUGCAAUAAAUAAUCACAUAAUUUCAGUAUACUAUUAUGCAAGUUUUA